AUGGAAGGCAUUUUUUCUUUUUUUCAAUUUUCGAAGUGGUCUUUCUACAGGUAUGGAAUACUAAUAUCGCCGAUCCAGUGGAUUUAUUUCAUUUCAACUGAUCCCUGGUGGAAAUGGCCCAAUUUGGCAAUGGUACUGUUAUCGAACAUAUCCAUUUUCAUCGUAUUCAUCUUCGAGAAAUUGCUAUCAUGGAAGUGGCUGACUAAUCGCUGUGCUCUCAUCCUCUACGCAACCCUCUUUUCGCUGCAUAUAUUUAUACCUGCUGCAGUCACGUGGCGCCUACAGGGUAAUCCAGUGUAUUCGGUACUGGCACUGUCAGUGUACGUGGUGCUUUUUCUCAAACUCAUCUCAUAUACACAUACCAAUUAUUGGUACAGGACAGCAGAGGGAAUGAACGAAAGGCGCCUGCACGAAAAUUUAUAUUACUUUGUAUUUGCUCCUACUUUGUGUUAUGAAUCAAAGUUUCCACGAUCGCGCGGUCGACGCAAAACAUUCAUGCUGAAAAGAACUGCUGAAGUUUGUUUCCUGUUCAUCGGUCUGACGCUAAUCAUAAUCGCAUUGUGCCAACAGUGGGUUGCACCUCUUCUUCGGAACAGCGUCGAGCCGUUUGCAACAAUGAAUCUCAGCCUGUGCAUCGAACGGGUUCUCAAAUUGGCCAUACCGAAUCAUGUCAUAUGGCUCAUUUUCUUCUACACUAUUUUCCAUUCCCUUCUCAAUCUAAUCGCAGAAAUCAUGGAAUUUGCGGACAGGCAGUUUUAUCUAGAUUUUUGGAAUGCAGAAACGUUAACAGUAUUUUGGAAAACAUGGAAUAUACCAGUGCAUCGCUGGGCCCUUCGGCAUAUCUAUCGACCGAUGACAUCGAACGGUUUUAGUAAAAUGAGUGCUGCGUGUGCAGUAUUCUUCGUUUCAGCGUUUUUUCACGAAUAUCUUGUUAGUUCAAAAUUAUUUUUUGCUGUUUUUACAUUUCUGCAAAUGAAGAGGUUGGCAUACUGA